CCCCUGAAUCUUAACUGCCCUCGCAUGCACAUGGAGGUCUCUGAACCUCGUAUUGUAGUGCUCGGCGCUGGCGGCAUCGGCAAGUCGUGUCUGAGCAUCCGAUUCAUUAAAGGAACCUACGAAGAGAACUAUGAUCCCACGCUUGAGGAAGCGUACGGGAAGACUAUUUUUAUCAAUGGGCGACCGACCCAAAUGCAGGUCAAUGAUACGGCUGGCACUGAACAGUUUCAUAGCGUCAUCAGUGAUAUGUACUUGAAACCGAACAGCGCGUAUUUGCUUGCGUUCGCAUUGGAUGACUAUGAGACUUUGAAAUCUCUCGAGCCGUUGUACAAGCAAUUGCGCACGUGGGACGCUGCUGAAAGCUCACGCACAGGUCGACGCUUCAGGUCGCCCGUCUGUUUAGUGGGGACCAAGAGUGACCUCGAAGACACGCGAGCGCUGAAGCGCGAGAAGCUAGAAAAGCAAGCGGCCAGCUGGAAGCUGGCCUACUUCGAGACAUCUGCAAAGUUUAACAUUCGGGUGGAGGCACCAUUUGAGUAUCUGACAGAGCAGUUGGUGGCACUGGCUCUAGAACAACAAGCAGAUAAUCCACCGAAAGUUGACAAGAGAACGAAGAGAGGGUGGAAGAAGUGCUGGAAAUGUUCAAUCAUGUGAGAUAUCGGUCGGGAAAUUGCCUUUCGAGACCUGACAGGGACGGUUCGUUUAUGUGGAGAUACCCAUUGUUUAUUCUGUUAUGUAUGUGCUCGGGACCUUGAUAAGCGCAAAAUUUAAACGUCG